GAAGAGCACAGCUGUUGUGUGAAGAGAAAAUAUAGAUAAAGAAAGUGUGAAGGGCGAAGGAGAGGACACUGACGAGGGGAAUCAAGGCUGGAAAUAAGAAAGAACGGACUUGCAUAAAAGACAGACGGCAGAAUAAUUCAAGUUGAAGGACAAAGAGAAGAAAAACUAAGGAGAUAAAAGGCAAACAGAGACGAGGACAGACACCUGACAUCAAUGGUGAGCAUGGAGACGCAGCAAGACGAGAGACAAGACUUCCUCUGAAGGGAAAAGAAAGAAGGAGCUGUGUUUGACACGAGGAAAACGAAACGAUUUCCUCAUCAUGUUUUAUUCAGCUGGUUUCCCAAAUUCAAAUAACCUGCGCCGGAAGAGCAACUUUGUCCCUGGGUAGAAUGACGAGAGGAGCAAAGAGAUACUCUCCUCAUCUGUGAUACCCAUUUUUUCCUCUCUACCCCAGACUCCUCACCUUCCUCUCCUCCUUCUUUUCUUUCAGUUCACAUCAAGCUUUAAAUAACUUCCUCCUAUUUCCUUUGAUAUCUCCUCUCCUCCUUUCUCCUCUACCUCAUCUCCUCACUAUGUGGAUACCAGCUGUGCUCCUAUGGAUUCUUAAUAUCAGCAAUUUGUGCUCAGGACAAGACUAUAUGGACUAUUAUCAAACUGGAGACAUGGGCACCAAGGCUCCAGUGUUGUCUGAUGACCAGCCCAGUUUGGAGUCAGUGACGAGUGUCGAUGAGCUACUACAGGUUCUGUACCCAGAAUACAAUCUGCUUCAGCACUGCCUGAAGAGGAAGUCAUGGCGCAACUCUUCCCCCUCUUUUCUUGCCUCCUCGUCGAGUCCUUUAGUUCGCUCUGACGAUCUGUGGGGUCAGCCGAGGGAGGAGGCUCUUUUCAAAGUGGACGGGACUUUAGGAGUCAUCUUAGAGGAGAUCCAGCGGACCUCGUGCCAGCCCAGAGAGGUGUGCGUUGAGGUCACCAAAGAAUACCCAGAAUCCACCAGUCAGUUCUACCUCCCACGCUGUGUGGCGCUGCAUCGGUGCGGCGGCUGCUGCACGAACGAGGCCUUUUACUGCACCAACACAAGUCACUCGCUCGUCAACAAGACAUUGAUGGAGCUGUCCCCACCCAGGAUGGAUCGCUCCGUCGUCAUGGUAACAUUUGUCAACCACACUUCGUGCGAAUGCCUCUCAAAGCGGCCGCUCCACUCCAUCAUCAGACGAGCCGCGGCAGAUCACCUGUGUUCACCGCCUGAUGUCGACUGCGCCUCAGGGUCGUUAUGGGAUCCAGUGAACUGUGUGUGUGUCUCGACAGACACCAUAAACUACUCCGAGAGAGAGAUAGAGGCGCUGGACUCAGGUCUCCUAGCGCUCUGCGGGCCCAACAGGGUUCUGGACGAGUCCACGUGCGAUUGUGCAUGUCGAAACGGACUCACAGAGGCCAGCUGUGAUCCAGGCUGGAAACUGGACCACAACACCUGUGAAUGUCAGUGUGAAGGUCAAGGUGAGGGGAAGCUGUGCCCCACAGGUCAGCGGUGGGAUGAGGAGCUGUGUGGCUGCGUUUGCGCCGCAGAGUGUCCCGGGAAUCAGCCCCUGAACCCCGACACCUGCCUGUGUCAGUGCAGAGAGAGUCCACACUCCUGUCUACGGCAGGGGAAGAGGUUCAAGCCCAGCACGUGCAGUUGUUACAGGUUGCCGUGCAGAAAGCCCCGACCUGUGUGCCAGACUGGUUUUUACUACAGCCACCAAGUCUGCCAGUGCAUCCCCAACUACAUGAGGCCUGAGUGGAACUAACAAAGAAAUCACUGAUACAGAAAGGAGCACGACUGCCUCCCCCCCCCUCCUAAAACUUUUUUUUUUUGCCUCUCAGCCUGUGCUCUGCAGCACGAGGCUUGAAACUUUUGGGCCUGAAAACAGAGGGGCAAGAAGGAGGAGAUGCCUUUUUUGACAAGAGGUUAGGAUGGUGGACCUACAUAUUUAUAACUGCAGGAUUGAAACGGACAGUUUGAGGACUUUUAUGAAUGUUGUUUGUUAUGCCAAGGAGGACGGUGCUUCCCAGCCACACAAAAAGUCCGCCUGUAUACAGUCCAACUCCUACAAGAAUCAAGAGCCUGAAUGGAAGCAACCAAUCACAACUUAAAAGUAAACGUACGACAGCAAAGGAGGAAUGGACUAAUCAAACUCUGAAUUGCUGCAACAUGUUUGAGCUCGAUAUUUAACCACCAAGCUGCCAUACAAACAGCACAUGUGACUGUGUGAAAGGAAAGUGGAAUAAAAUAAUAACAGACCAGACUCUAUGCUUCAUUUUCUAGAGCUGCAGGCGACUUCACUUCACUUUGGCAGCCUUGAGUAACAACAUAUUUUAGAGGUUGAAGGAUGUAUUUUGCAGUAAUCAUGUGAAGUGACUCUGCCUAGAGGAUGUUUAUCGAGUUGAACUGGAAAAGGUGACAGUAUGUUUUGGUUAUUGUUGCAGAUUUCCUCCGCUCAAGAAAGCAGAGGUUUGAUGCCAGACCCUGUUCUAUAAAACGCUAAUUUAAACACUCCCAAACAGCUAUUAUAUCCUCCAGUUUCUACUUGCCUCUCCUGCAGUGCUGCUCUUUGAAUGUUUCAUGCAUGACCGACUCCAAGCACAGUUUUCUGUAACACUUGGAAACACUUCUACUUCUCCUGGUAAUUUAAUUUGACUCACUUUAAGCAAUGCUACUUGUAAAUAAUUUAAACGUUGUCAUAUUUAAAACUGAUGAUUGGAAGUUGGAAUCGUGUUCAAUUGUAAAUACUGUAUUUAAGUCACUCUCGAAACUAAACGAAAUGAAAUUAA